CGGAUCCUCUCUGGCCUUCCCUUUUCCCUUGCCUCCCUGUCGGGUCGACGCCGCCGCCGCCGUUCCCGUCGCGCCCUGCCACUGCCACCGGAGGAGGGAGGGCGGGCACACACCCAUGGCGCUGCUCCGCGCCGCCGCAGCCGAGCUCCGCCGCCGCGCCCGCCGCUCCCCUCUCCCCCUCCCGCCGCUCUCAUCUCUCCUCUCGAGCCCACCCUCCGAUCCUAGCCCUCCCGCCCACUGCCGCCACCUCAUAAGCCUCCGCCGGUACCCGCACCCAGCAUCAGCAUCCGCCUUCUCCCCCGACUCGCUGUACGCCAGGAUUCUGCUACCGAGCCACUUCUCGCCCGCCUCACCCCUCUCCACCUCCUCCUCUUCCCAACCCGCGGACAAGCCACCACCGCUGACGUGGGUGGACAGCUGGAUCCCGGAGGCCGCGCGGCCGUACGCCAUGCUCGCCCGCCUCGACAAGCCCAUCGGGACCUGGCUCCUCGCGUGGCCCUGCAUGUGGUCGAUCACCAUAGCAGCGAUGCCAGGGCAGUUGCCUGACUUCAAAAUGCUGGCACUCUUCGGAUGUGGAGCUGUCCUCCUCAGGGGUGCUGGCUGCACAGUGAAUGAUCUUCUUGACCGCGACAUUGAUAACAAGGUUGAGCGCACCAAAAGCAGGCCUUUUGCAUCAGGUGUUCUUACUCCUUUACAGGGAGUGGGCUUCCUCGGAUUUCAGCUUCUGCUGGGACUGGGCAUUCUUCUCCAAUUGAAUAAUUAUAGCCGUAUUCUGGGGGCAUCUUCACUUCUUCUGGUCUUCUCAUAUCCCCUGAUGAAGAGAUUCACAUUUUGGCCUCAAGCUUAUCUUGGCCUGACAUUCAACUGGGGAGCUUUAUUAGGAUGGGCUGCUAUUAAGGAAAGCUUAGACCCUGCAGUCGUCCUUCCAUUGUAUACAGCUGGUAUAUGCUGGACACUGGUAUAUGAUACCAUAUAUGCACAUCAGGACAAAGAAGAUGACCUCAAAGUAGGAGUUAGGUCCACAGCAUUAAGAUUUGGAGAUUUGACCAAGUACUGGAUUAGUGGUUUCGGUGCCGCAUGCCUUGGCAGCUUAGCACUCAGCGGCUACAAUGCUGACCUUGGAUGGCCCUACUAUCCAUUUCUGUGUGCUGCAGCUGCGCAGUUAGCAUGGCAGAUUUCAACUGUGGAACUUUCCAACCGCUCUGAUUGCAACAGGAAGUUUGUGUCCAAUAAAUGGUUUGGAGCUUUGGUAUUUAGUGGGAUUUUAUUUGGGCGUCUUGUAUCAUGAUGAAUUUAUCAGGCAUGCUGUUUAUCCUCGUUUGUAUCAUAUAUUGAUGGGUUCAAUGUAGAAACCAAAACAAUUUUGUGAUUGUGGGAAGAAUAUACCAAGCGCUUCACUAUGUGGACUAGCAAUUGCAGCUUGGUGCGGAAUGGACUUUGCUAUUUCUCGAGCACGUCAUUUUGGUGCUCUCUCCACCUCCUGUAAGCAGUUACAAGACAAAAGGAGCAGGAAAAUACGUUGAUGUACAAUCCUUUUUUUUUUAUCCUUGUGUGCUGUUACAUGUGAAAAGAUCAGUUAGAGCGGCCUUUUUUUUUGGAUUGUUUAGCGCCUCUAGAAUCUAGGUGGAAACAGAUGUGCAAAAGAAUUUUUUGUAUGAAGCCAGAAACACAGUUCAGUUGUUUACGUACUUAUGUUUUGGAGAAAAUUGAGUACUCCGUAUUUAUUAUGUUUUGGCAAA